GGACCCUUGCACUACAUCGACACGAAGAAUACAAUGUGAUAUAAACCAGUCGUUGGAUGAACAGCUUCGAGGCAUCAGUCCUGCCUUUUUGAAAUUUGCACAAUGUCCAACGAUAGCAAUCAGGAUUGCACUCCCGACUUCCGUGACCUCGAUGCUUUCUUCAACUUGAGGACUGUUGAGGCCCAUGCCCCACACAUUAUCCCAUAUAUCAAGAGCGACUCUCGGAUCAUCGAUGUUGGUUGCGGUAUUGGAUCUAUCACAAUCGAUCUCGCGCGCCGCGCGCCACAUGGAUACGUGCUGGGCGUCGACUACUCUGCCAGUUCCGUUGCGGCCGCGAAAGCUCAAGCUGCCGCUGCUGGAUUGACCAAUGUGGAAUUCAUGCAAGCUGAUGUCUACUCCCUUCCAUCGUCCAUUCCGUCCAAUUCUUUCGAUAUCGCUCACUGUCACCAACUGCUUGUCCAUCUCGAUAAACCCAUCGAUGCCUUGAAGUCCAUGUCUCGCGUUGUCAGAAGCGGUGGCAUCGUGGCGACACGAGACAUGCAUUCUCAAUGCACUCGACCUACCACUCCAGCCAUACAACGAAACUGGGAGCUCUAUCACACUCUAUCACGUCAGCGUGGUGCGCACCCGGAAGCAGGCCUCAUCAACUCCCUUUGGAUGCAAGAAGCCGGCUUCGACAGGGAUCAUGUUUCAUCGGGCGACGUCGCCAAUCUCUUGAUGGAACCAGAGGAGAAGCGGCUAUUUGCGAAAGCCCUUCUGCCCAGUUUUGCUGCGACGUAUGGGAAACCGAUAGAGUCCGAAGACGACGAGAACUGGCUGAGAAAGUUUAAGAAAGAUACUCUGGCUUGGGCAGAUACACCGAAUUCGAGUUUCAUAUGGUACGAUGGCUGGGUCAUUGGGGAGAAGACCUGGGAAUGAAGUUUUGCAACAAAGAAGUAGACGCAAGAGGAUGAGAAUAUGGAUACGAUGAGAUGUCGACUUAGCUUAAAUUGUAAAUUGACGAGUGAUGAUGGACCCAAAAAGAAUGUAAGAAAUCAAAUUGCAACUUUCCUACGUGAACAGCACUUUGACU